CAGUCACAUGAUUUCAAAAUGGCGGCGCCCAUGGGAUUACGAGUUUUAUUAUUUGAUGUUGCUGUUUUGUUGUGUUUCUCUGUAAAUGGGAGUGCAGGCCCACUGCCUCUUGUAAUCAAUACAUGGCCGUUCACGAACGCAACUUUGAAAGCUUGGAGUGAGAUUCAGACAGGGAGCUAUCUGGAUGCCCUGGUUGCGGGAUGCAGUGAAUGUGAGAGCCAGCAGUGUGAUGGAACUGUGGGAUAUGGAGGCAGUCCAGAUGAAAUUGGGGAGACAACUCUCGAUGCCAUGAUCAUGGAUGGAGAGACCCAUGAUGUUGGAUCAGUUGGAGAUCUGAGACGUGUGAAGAAUGCAAUAGGCGUCGCCAGAGCUGUAAUGGACUACACUCAACAGACUCUUCUUGUGGGAGAAUCAGCCAAAGAUUUUGCUGUUGAGAUGGGAUUCAAAGAAGAGAGUUUAACGACUAACAGGUCAGCAGAGAUACACAGUUCUUGGCUCCAAAACAAGUGUCAGCCUAACUAUAGACAGAAUGUUUCCCCAGAUCCAACAAAGAGCUGUGGCCCCUACAAGCCGAGCAGUAAGCUGUUCACACAUCGAGAUUUUGUUAAACCAAUUCACAGAUGGAACCAUGAUACUAUUGGGAUGGUGGUGGUUGAUAAAGACGGGAAGAUUGGAUCUGGCACCUCCACCAAUGGACUGUCACAUAAAGUACCAGGGCGAGUGGGUGACUCUCCUAUAGUUGGUGCAGGAUCGUAUGCCAGCGGCGGAGUAGGGGGCGCUGCAGCCACGGGGGACGGAGACAUCAUGAUGCGCUUCCUACCCAGUUUCAACGCUGUCAUGAUGAUGGCUAAUGGAGACACGCCCCAGAAGGCAGCUGAGAAAAGCAUCAUGCCAAUCAUCAAGGCCUACCCCAAGUUCGUGGGUGCUGUGAUAGCGGCCAAUACAAAGGGCACAUAUGGAGCUGCUUGCCAUGGGUUAGGGUCCCCCUUCAAGUUCUCUGUGAGAAGUCCUGACACGCCCACUGUCACUGUUAUAGAGCAGCCAUGUAUAUAACUCGAGGUCAUGUUGUUUAUCUGUAUGAUUUGUGACAUUGUUGAUGGUUUGCACUUCAAAUACGUGAAGCAUAUGUACACGCUGGUAAUAUAACCACACACCAAGCCCUACUCUUUUGGUUGGUUGGUUGGUUUGUUGUUUAACGCCGCACUCAGCAAUAUUCCAGCUAUAUGACGGCGGUCUGUAAAUAAUCAAGUCUGGAUCAGACAAUCCAGUGAUUGACAUCAUGAGCUUCGAUCCACGCAAUUUAGAUACGAUGACAUGCAUCAACCAAGUCAGCGAGCCUAACCACUCGAUCCUGUUAGCCGCCUGUUACGGCAAGCAUGAGUUGCUGUAUGGAUUUGUGACAUUGUAGGGAACAUGUGAUAUAUAGAAUAUUUUUGUUUGGUCUUAGUACAAGGAAUGGGUCGAUAACUGGAUUGUCUGGUCCAGACUCGAUUAUUUACAGAUCGCUGUGAUAUGGCUGGAAUAUUGCUACCAAGAAAGGGUCAAUCACUGGAUUGUCUGGUCCACACUUGAUCUUUUACAGACCGUUGUCAUACAGCUGGAAUAUUGCUGAGUGCAGCGUUAAACAACAAACAAACAAACAAACAAAACAAGGAAUGGGGAUAGUGCCUAAUGUGUUUUGAUUCACAAGGUGCCUUGAAUUUAUGAUGUUACUUGUUAAAAUGCAAACAUAGAUGUCUUUAAUUUGAUUA